GUUGAAAACGAGUCACUGAAGCGACAGCUGUACGACAAGCAGCAGUUGUUGUCGCAGGCGUCGUCUGCCAUCACGCAGCUGGAGGAAGACUGCAAGCUGCAGAUGCAACAGCUGUUGCAGGACAACGAACGCGCUGUACAGAACCUGCAGCGACUCCUGCAGGAGAAGGAGCAUGUCUUGGAGCAGCUGCAGCACACUGUUGCCUCUCAACAGCAAAUGGUGUCUGAGUACUCGGUUCGAUGCUCAGAGCUGGAGUCUGCUCUGAGACGCCACUCUGCUCCGGCCUUGCCAGAGCUCACACAGCUCUGUGAUCUUGCCUUCCCAGACACCUCUUUAGCUGACGAUGCAAGCUCAUGGGGUGCAGAUGGCUCUAAAAAUAUCAGGUUUUCAAUUGACUCUGAACGCAUAGAGAAUACUUCAUCAAACCCCAAAACCGCUGCGCCUCCCGCAUCGCCGGACCAGAGUCGCACCAAAAGCUCGUCCGACACCACACACGCCCCUGACGCCUGUACGCUGGACACCAACCCCGCUGUCACCGUCAAUACUUCCAACAUCACUAACAACAACAUCAACAACACCUUACCAGCUACCAGCAAUAACUUGCAGCAACUACAACAGCAACAUCAGAAGGGCUACUCGGAACAUCACCACUACCAUCACUCUCCUACCAACAACAAAGAUGCCACGAAGAAGGAUCUUCUAUGCUUGGACAACACGUUAUCUCCUCUCGCUCAGCAGCAGCCGCUUAUUCCCAACAGCAACAGCGUCUUGGCCGCCAUGUUGCCUCCUGUUUCUCUGCAAGGAGUGUUUAGUCUCAACAGUUCAGACUCUGGGAAGUCUGCAGCUGCAGAGACUCAAUACCUGCAGCAGCAAGUUAGCAGUUUGCAGACACGCGUGCAGCAGCUGCAGCAAGAGCUGCAGCAACGAGACCAAACAGCUGCUGCAUUACGCCAAGACCUGGAGAACCUGAGACGCGAGUUGAUGCUGAAGACAAAUGAGGUGGUGGAACGAGAGCAGCGCGUAGAUGCGCUGCAGCAGGAGGCGUCCGAGCACAUCAGGCAGAUGGAGGUCAAGGACGCAGAAAUUACCAGCCUGCACCGUGACCUUAAUAGGGUCGAGCCUGAAAUCUCGAUAAAAGUUCAAGAAAUCGAGGAACGUGACCGAAUUAUCGAGGAGAAGACGGGCCAGAUCGAGCAGGAGCUGGAGAACAGCUUGGCCGAGUCUCUGGAGCGCGUGCUGCACCUGCAGCAGGACUACGACAAGAGCUGCACCGCCAUAUCUGGUUUUGCAACGGAGCUUUCGAAUCGAGACAAGGAGAUCGCGAACCUGCGCCGCGACCUGAAGAAGAAGGACCGCAAGAUUAAGGACCUCGUGGCGGAGCUGAAGGAGACGCUCGACAUGCUGGGCAAGGCCAAGUGGGAGGCGGAGACCGCGGACCGCGGCGAGGACUCCAUCAAGGAAAUGGUCGAGGAGGAGCACGAGCGAUUGUGGGCUGAGAUGGAGCAGAAGAAGCAGCAGCUAGCAGCCCUCAGCGCAGAGCUGAAGCGAGCUGAAGACAGUUUACGUGAACAAGCUGAAGAGCUUUCAUCUAACCGCCAGGCGCUCAAACUUAAGGAAGAGGCCGAGCGCCAACGCCUUUCAGACCUGAGCGCGCUGAAGGAACAACUCUCGCAGCGCCAGCAGCUUCUUGAAGAAAACAAAAAAUGCAUUGAUGCUCUUGAAGCUGAGCUUAACAGUACAAAGAAAACUCUAUGCGAGAAGCAACAACAGUUAGACGCUCUGUCAAGUAAACGUGAUAAUUUGAACAUGGACUCAGAAAUAGAGGAGCUCAAAGUCAAAUUGAAGGAGUGUGAGGCUGAGAAAGAUUGCAAAAUUAAUGUUCUAGAAAAAGAAUUGAAGCUAUUAAAGAACGACAUUGCUCGUCUUCAAACUCAGCUACUUUUAUCGGCUAAACAACAUACUGAAAAUGUAAAAAGUGAUGGAACUUCGGUUGUUCGUGAAAACGGUCAGCCGACCUCGGUGCAAGUUACCAUCACCUCAGCGCAACCGUCCCACGUCGUACCUCAUAAACCUUUUGGCGCCGACGCUGCUCCCAGGGUUGGAAUCGAGGAGAACUGUUCACCAACUGUUGUAUGCAACUUCUCUGAACAAAUUAAGGAGCUGCGAGAAGCUCUUAAGAGCCAACCACUUCCUGCAACUCCUUAUAGGAAUUAUGACGGUAUCGUCAGUAAAUAUCGGCGAGAGUGCAACCGUCUGCGCCACCGUUUGACAGAGUCUAGUAACGCGUGUGAUCUGUUGCGCGGUCGUCUUGAGGAGCUCGCCGAGUUCUUGGAACAACUAUUAGAGGUGGAAGACCACGGCAUCAUCGACUUGAGUAAACUCACAGGGAUCACCAGGACCACGCUCCACAAGUCCCUGAAUGAUUCUCGUGCCUUGUCUCAGACGCUCUCGCAGUCACUCCUGGAGGAUCUCAGCGCCUUCGACUCUAGUCUCGAAGAGGACAUUGAAGGGGAAACGCUAUGUGAUGCAUCAAACUGUUAUGAAAGUGUUGAGGUUUCCAGAUAUUUAAACCUGCCAGAUAGAUCUUUGCGCACUUCCUCAAUAGCAGAGCGUCUUUCUACGUCCGAAGCCAUCCCGCUUCUUCCCGACAUUGAGCUAAGAACUCGGAGAAUUGAUGACAUUCUCGUUCAGAUGACCGGCAUGAAUGAUGAUCUUACUAAACGUGAAAAGGAGUUGUCUGAAAAAUUGCUCGUUUAUACAACCACAAUUGCUGAAUUGCAACAUAAACUUGCAGUUGCCUCUAACAGCAGUAACAUUUCUACUCUACGUAGCUCUGAAGAUGUCGCUCCUCGUAUGUCACUUGAAGUAGCCUGCCAGACUCUACUGGCAAUGGCACCGCGACAGUCGGUGUCCUCACUACCUGAUCUCUCUGCUUCUUAUCUGUCUUCAGACUCGCUUUCGAAUGGCAAGAUGGCGCCGCUCAUCGAGGAGAAUGUUAGGCCCGACGAAAUAAAUACAGAGAAUAAUCCUCAGACGGAGCCACAUACUUGUGAUGAGCCUACUUCCAAUCAAGAGCCGAUUGUCACUACUAAUUUACUGUCCCCGCACUCGGGUCUAGUGAGAUCUAGCGGGACUUCUGAUAAAGGGUCGCCAACUAAAUCAGUAAAUGAGAUACGCAAUGUGGUUGCUUCUCCUUCUGAGAGCGAGGCAUGGAGUGAACCAGAUCGAAACGUAUCUUUGGCUCGCAUUGGUCUCGAAACUAGUGGUCUCGCGGCCACUUUAGACCGGUCUCGGUCCCGGCACUCGCGAGCAGCGUUCGGAACUGUGCAUAGCUCCGAGUCGGAUACUGAGGAACUGUUGCUCCCGCCUGAUUCGAUUACCACAGUCCACUCGAGCUGUGUGAUGCCGUUAGUGGGACCUCAUUGCGGUACCUUGAUGCCUGGCAGUGCCAUAAAGCCUUCGCCUAAACGACGAUCAGACGCGUGCGAAGUCCGCAGACUUACGGCCAAGCUACGAACUCUGGAGCAUCUCAACGAAACUCUGAAAGCUGAGCUCAACAUCUACCAGAGUUUGAGCCUGCAGCUGAGUCCUUCAAGUGAUCCCCAGCAAAGCGACUGCCAGCCUCCCAGAACUCAGGCAGUGACCACCACCACCAGCGAGCAGCCCGACGUCGUGUCAUCGUCCGACACUCCCAGCAGCGGGCUGUGCGCUACAUACGGCAACGCCAGCGUCAAGAAACCUCGUCGACUCUUCUCUGGCACCGAAGACAAUAUUGUAAUGGCUGCCCCUCUCUUGCAAGAAAUACGUUGCCUUAGGUCCAAACUGGAAGAGAGCAUCAGCAACAACGAUCAGCUGCGAGAUCAGCUGGAAGCUGCGGUGCUGUCUUGCAGUCGCAUGCACGAAGAUCCUUCUCAGCUGGCGCAUAUCACAGCCGCACUGCUCAAUGCUCAGGAGACAUUGCAGCUGACCCGAGACAAGUUGUCGUUUGCGCAGCGAUGCGAACAGGUGCAGAGCGACCGCUGCUCCGUCGCUGAGCGUAGAGCUGACGAGGAGGCCAAGAUCGUAAACGAGCUGCGAGCGCAGCUCAAAGAAUCUCAGAUGACGUUAAACUCGGCCACUGCUCAGCUCGAGCUUUGUGAUCUGAAGCACUCCAAGGAGGUGGAGGAGUGGAGGGGCAAGUGUCUGGCUGCAGAGACGAAACUUCGUGAGGCGUCGUCCGGCCAUGAGGAGCGAGAAGCACGGCUCCAGGAGCGCCUUUCUGAGGUGACGAAGGCGUUCGAGGAAAGCGAGUCUCGCCUGCGAGAGCAACACAGAGCUGUAAGUAAGAUGUACGCCUGCGUACAAGAGGCAGCUCAUUUGCCCGAUAUCAGCAAUCUUCAUUCGGCACUACAAACAAGCGAAACACAAGUUCUAAAAGCCACUAGAGACAGACUCGUGUUAUUGGGAGAGAAGUCCAAGCUGCAGGCUGAACUUUUAUCCGCGCAGUCCCAAACCAGUCGUCUUCAAGAUAGCCUCUGUGAAGGCAGCUUAACGAUUACACUUUCUCUCUCUGAACAAUUGCAACAAGUUCAAUCUACAGUCAGGAACCUGCAGUCCAAAUGCAGUCACUUGCUGUCAUUGAACACGCAGCUGUCUAAGGAAAAAGCCCAACUUCAGGAUAAACUUGCUGGCUACGUUGCGGUUGAAAAACUCAGCAAUAAGUCUGAUAUAACGCUGGAAUCUGUGGCAAAGGAGACACCUCGCAAGCAUUCCGGCGACGGUGCAGGGGAAUCACGUCUGGGGUCUUUAGCUGUGCACCAACUUCAAAAGAACCACGCCUUAUUGCAAGAUGACUAUUCCGUGCUGCAGAAGGAUUACUCGCAUUUGCAGAAGCUUUAUAAUGAAAUCAAUGAAAGUGAACAAGAAGCUUGCUUGAAGUUACGCUCUACUGAGGAUGCGUUAGUCAAGACGCAGGUACAACUUCGUCUUAUCAAAGAGCAGUGGGAGGAAAAGUUGACGCAGAUGCAGCAGGAAUGUUCUCUAAAACUUUCAGAAGCACAACAGGAAUUAUCGCUUCUGCGUCAAGAAAAUGCAAAAGAAUUAUAUUCGAUGCAGCAGAAAUUUCUGCAAGAAUGCUCUGAUAAACUGCGCAAUGCUGAGCAUAAAUGGCAGGAAGCUGAAAAACAACUGCAAGAUCGUCUACGUAGCUCGGAGCAAAAGCUUCAUCAGCUGCAGCAGCAGUGCCAUUCCAAAGAGGAUUAUAUGAAGCUAGAGGGACGCUUGCAAGAAGCUUUGCAGCAGCUUCUUGCUGCCGAAAAAACUAGCAUCAAACUAAGAAGUGAACUGCAGGUGCUCAAGACGAAGCAAGAUGCGUUCAACAGACAUCGUGAAGGCCAUAAAUGGGAUGAAAACAAAGAAAACCUUUUGGAGACAGUUGUUACCCUGUCCCCGACAUCGCAUCGGAACUCCCUCUCGAGAUCGUUCCUGUCAAUUACCGCGGCUCAGAGUGCAUUGAGCUCUCGGGAGCGGCAACAUCAACGUGUGCUCGGAGCCUCCAGUGCCAUGACAUCCCCACUGCGCCACCUGCGCUUCUCUGAUCCAAACCUCGUACUGUCCGGAGUUGCGACAAACACAGGUCCUUUGUCGCCUUCUCUCACAGACCUUCUGGAGAGACCUGACGACGACACCGCCAGCCGGCGCAGUGAGAGCCCUGACUUGGGUCUUGGCUCUUCCGACAAUGGUCAGAUGUCCAGCCUUGAACGGGUCAUAUGCCACGUCUCUAAUCAUGACUCGAAGAAAUAUGAUCACUUGCCUGAGUCUUCGCAGAAACUUUCGUCGCUGGAAUGGAACAAAACGCGUUCUCCUAAGGGCGCAUCGGCGUCUAGCUCUGACAUCAGUGCGAUGCCGUUGGAACUGCCCAUCGAUGUCGUCAUUUCCGACCGACAUUCUCUUCCUCCUGUCGCUUCUGGUCAGCUGUGUGCCGUACAAAGUCACAGUUCACUAGCGUCUACUAACGAGACUCUAAGCAGACAAGUGCAGGCGUUACAGGAGCGCCUACAGAGCAGCAACGCGCGCCUCACGGAAGCUCUUGAGCAACUUAAUGAAGCGAACGCACGUAAGCAGUCGGUCGAGCGCGCCAUCUGCAGACAACUCACAAAGACGCACCAGGUCCUGAGACGAGCUAAAGGCAACCUCGAGGCGAGGAAUGAAUCCACGUCUAGAGCUGCGGCAGAUCGACACUCGUCGCUUAACUAACGAACUCGAGAUCGUAUAUUAAGUUCUAGUUUUCGAAUGACUGGCGAUUUCAUUUUAUAGCUGAGGCUGGCUGGAUAAAUUUGGAUAUAUAACUUCAUUUAUUCAGUUAUUUCGAAUCGGCUUUGAAUAAUUUUGUCGGAAAGGAUUUUAUGACAAAACAAGAGAUGCUUCUCGAUGGCUAUAGUUUGAGCUAUUCUAUUGUUCUGGAUAGGUUUCAUUGCGCACGUAAACCUCGACAUCCAAGGUGGGAAGCUCAAAAAUUCAUGAUAUUUACUUAUCCUCAUUCAUUUAUUUGCGUUACUUCGCUGUAUAGUACACGCAUUGAACGAGUACUGUAGAAUCUGCAUCACCUACUUUAUCCGCUGACAUUCGAGAUAAAUGUUUACAUGAUCUCCAUUGGUGUCUGCGGGGAUGACUACAUCCUGCCUUCUUCUGGUAGACUGAACUUCUCAAACAAAUUUCCACCACCUCUCGUUCUUGCCAUCUUUUCGGAAGGCUUUGAACUAUAUAUUGAUUUUAACCUGAAAAUAUUCCCGUCCUCGUUUGAUCGCGUGCUCUAGGUGCUGACCUAGCGACGGUAUUUGUGUCGUUUUCAAUCUCGAGAAGCCAAUCUUCGAUGUGCGAAACUUUAGUCUCUUUCGAUAAUGAAACCCGUAUUUUGCGAUGUUAUUUUUUGAUAAAUCAAUGUUACUGUUGGAUAUGCAUCGAAAUAAUCUAUUUUCCUUCACUGAGGUAGUAGAAUAAUGGAACAUUUGAUACUCGUUAUAGAGCACAGGAUUUUGAUCAAAUUUAGAAGAUAAGCUUAUUCAUUAGAAUUAUUCGAGAUUAGAGAUUCUCAGAAGGUUGGCAAUAACUCAAUUCUGAAGCUUGAGCUGCACACUAGUGCUGUGAACUUGCUCUUAUUUUAUAAGAAAUUCUACUUUGUCAUUUGAAUCCACUUGAAUGAUCACAAGACUUCAUUUUCGUCGGUUUUGGCAAGACUUUCAAACACUGGUGUAUUAAUAAUGAACACAUAUAUGAUGAAAUGGCCUUUGGUGGAGCAAUCAUGAGUCCGUGUUUUUCUAGUGAAUGUUAUUCUUCGCGAAUAAUGGGAAUGAGAUUAAGUGUGACUUGCUCGGUAUAGAUUCAUUUGGGAUUUGCUACUCAAAUUUUGAAAUGCCACAGAUUAUGAACUUUACAUCGGCGAUAGAAUUGACCGUCUAAAUGUCAAGUUUCAGUGUCUAAACAUGGGUGGUAACUCGUGUCAGUGAUUGAUUUUAAUUUAAAAUAGCGGAUUAAAUAUUUCUAGAGGUGCCAACAUUCCAACGUUCUUCCUCCUCCUCCUGAGUUGGGUUUCUGUCAGGCAGCAGAUCAACCCGCUGGUUGUGGAGAGACGGACGCCUUUACCUCUGAAAAUAUGAUUGAAUAUUAACUUAUGUUACAUCACUUAACCAGAAAACAGUCUACUACAAAAUCUACAUAUCAACAAAUCAUAUGUAAAUUUAUACAUAGGAUUAUUUGUUGUACAUUUGCUCCUGCUCAACCUUCUGACAUCAGUCGUAUAUGUUUAUGUAACUCUGUAGUUCUGUUACAAUGUUCACACAAAACAUUUACGUGACUCGUUAUGAAUUCAGACUAACAUUAUAGACCGUAUCAGCUCAAACGUUGAUUGCGGUGGGCUUCCUCGAAAAUGCUUCUUAUAUGUUUUAUAUUUUAGAUGUCUUCCAUUUACAGUUCAUGUUUUUCGCGUUAAUUACUUCCCCCGGCUUAGUUAUUUCUCGUAUGUUGCUGCAUUUAAUCUUCGGCUACCGAUUUCACUUGCGAAAGCUGACGAUGAUCGUUCGAAGAUUUCUAGUCUAUAAGGCAGUUGUUUAAAAUAAACUUUAACACGUA